AUGCCUGUGACAGUGACAAAAAUGCCGUCUGCAGAAAAAACACCUCUCUAUGAGCCUGAGGAAGUCCCGCGGAUAAAAAACGCGAAACGACUCACCAAGACGCGCACAAAGCAGCUCGUCAAGGCUGCCGCGCGGGACGUUGAUGAUCCCCCUCCGAAACCGGGGUUAGGAGAGUGCUGCGGGAGUUCAUGUGAUCCGUGUGUUAAUGAUCUUUGGAGAGAGGAGCUGGCUUGUUGGAGGGAGAGAUGGGGGAUUGAUGCGGAGGGUAAUGGUGAUGCGAAGGAAGGGAAAGAAGGGAAGAAAAUGCUAGGAAGUUUUGACUGGUAG